UGGUCCCCUUCGGUGGGCUCUGGCAGAGACUGGGAUCCAGAGGAACUUUCUGCCCGCCCUGCUGCCCGAGGAAGCCUAAAGCGGCAGCAGCCUUACCCUACCAGAACGCCCACCCAGCUAACAGCAAUGCCUUAGGCACGUAGAGAUUUCAGCACCAGGGCUUGAGUUGCCACAACAGCCCAGUGAAAUAGACAGGGGAAGUCUCCCAGCCCCAAUUUUCUGAUAAGGGUACUGGGGCGCAGAGGCGCCAAGAAAUCUGCUUACCCGCUGUGUCAACACCAGGAAGAACUGGGAAGUCACUGGAUGGCCCCUACAGGGUAGGCUGUUACUGGCGUUGGGAGUGGGGAGUGGGCACAUUAACUUCUUUCAAAGAAGCUUCCAGAAGGUGACACCCAAGUCCUACAGCGGUUGUCCCAGGCCCGGAGAAGUGUCAAAGAGACCAGCAGUGGGAGCAGCUGUUCUUCAAGUUUCACCCUGCAGUCCAGGGACAACAAGACGAAAGAUGCUGACAUGUGUGAGUGAAGUAGGGAGCAGACAAAGCGGGUACUUGUGGAAAGAGUAGUCCUUGGAGAAGCCACAAUGCCAUCGAACAGGGAACAGAGGAGGAAACGCGUCAGGCAGAGACUGAUGUUGAAGAGCAGUUUGGCUAAAGAAAUACUCUCCGAGUUCUUGGGCACGUGUAUAAUGAUCGUUCUCGGAUGUGGCUCUGUUGCCCAAUCUGUCCUCAGCCGAGGAGUUUCUGGAGGAACCCUCGCUGUGAAUGUUGGCUUUUCAAUAGCAGUCGCUAUGGCCGUUUAUGUGGCUGGGGGGGUGUCUGGUGGCCACAUCAACCCUGCUGUGUCUUUUGCAAUGUGUCUCUUUGGGCGGAUGAAAUGGAUCAAAUUUCCUUUUUAUGUGGGAGCCCAGCUCGUGGGAGCCUUCGUAGGGUCUGCAAUCCUCUUUGGUGUUUACCAUGAUGCAUUUAUGUCCUUUUCUGAUGGAAAACUGUACAUCGUGGGAGAAAAUGCAACAGCACAGAUUUUUGCGACAUACCCAGCUCCGUAUCUGUCUCUGGCAAAUGCGUUUGCAGACCAAGUAGUGUCCACCAUGUUCCUCCUCAUGGUUGUCUUUGCCAUCUUUGACUCCAGAAACUUGAGCGUCCCCAAAGGCCUAGAGCCUGUUGUCAUCGCCCUCCUGAUUUUGGUCCUCACUUCCUCUUUGGAACUGAACUGUGGCUGUGCCAUGAAUCCAGCUCGAGACCUGGGUCCCAGGCUUUUCACUGCUUUGGCAGGAUGGGGGUUUGAUGUCUUCCGAGUUGGAAAUAACUUCUGGUGGAUUCCUGUCGUGGGCCCUAUGGUUGGUGCUGCCACUGGAGGCCUCAUCUAUAUUCUUUUCAUUGAAAUCCACCACACAAACCCAGACUUUGAGGCAGAACGACCAAGGACAAAUUAGAAAAACAUGAGUUUAAUGUAGUAAUGUAGCGGCAUGUUUAGUUCUAAGUUUACAAUUGGCUGA